UUUAGACCAACGGUAGAGGCAGAAAUGGCUUCGGUUACUAAUUACAGUGGCUACAAUCAGUCUGGGGCUCAACAGGCGUAUGGUUCAUACGCAGCCCAGCCUGCACAGGGAUAUGGACAAACAGCACAGCAGGGCUAUCCCCAGCAGGACUACAGUUCAUAUGCCCAGCCUGCAGCCACUGACUCCACUUACGGCCAGGCUGCCUCUUCUACUGGUGGAUAUGCGCAACCACAGUAUGCAGCCUCAUAUGGGCAGACGGCUGCACCAGCUGCAUAUGGAACUCCUCAAGCUGGAGCUCAGGGCUACAGUCAGCCUGCUCAGGGCUACGGAACGAGCAGCUAUUCUAACUCCACUGCGGCUGCUCCUGCUCAGACUGCAUAUGGCACUCAGCCUGGCUACAGCGCUCAGACCGCUUAUCCUGGAUACGGCCAGCAGGCCACCUCCGCUCAGCCAAGCUACAAUGCGAGUGGUCAGGCCGCCUACACCCAAAGUGGCUACUCCCAGCAGCCUGGCUACGGAGGACAGCAGCAGGCUGCCUAUGGUCAAGGACAAUCCCAGCAGCCUUCAUCCACACCCUACGCUUCUCAGUCCAAUGGCUCUUAUGGUCAGUCUCAACCUGGUCAGUACAGCCAGCCCGGUACAGCUCCUCAGAGCAGCUAUGAUCAGUCUGGAGCCUACAGCGGGUACAACCAGGGUGGUGGUUACGGUGGCUCUCAGCCCCCACAACGCGGAGGUUACGGAGGAGACGGCGCCGGCCGUGGAGGGUUUGACAGGGCAGGGAUGCGUGGGGGGCCACGGGGACGUGGGCCAAUGGGCCGUGGAGGCAUGGGCAUGGCUGGAGACAGAGGUGGCUUCAGUAGGCCUGGUGGACCUGGGAUGGAGCGUGAGGGACCCCCAGAGCAGAACGAGUCCGAAAACUGUGCCAUUUACAUCACUGGGCUCACGGAGAAGGUUACGUUGGAGGAUUUGGCAGAGUUCUUCAAAGAUGUCGGCGCAAUCAGGGUGAAUCGUCGCUUAGGACAGCCAGCAAUCAACAUCUACACUGAUCGAGAUUCUGGUAAACCCAAGGGAGACGCCACUCUGUCCUAUGAGGAGCCUCAGUUUGCUCGAGCUGCAGUGGAACAGCAUAAUGGUAAGGAGUUCCAGGGGCGGAAGCUGAGCGUGUCCAUGGCCAAGAGGAAGAACCCACAAGGCAUGAUGAUGAGGGGAGGAAUGCCUAUGAGAGGAGGACCACCAAUGGAUCGUGGAGGUUUCAUGGGUCGAGGUGGAGAGAGGGGAGGAUUUUCUCCCCGUGGGGGCCCUCGUGGUGGCAUGCCUUUCGGUGGUCCACCGGGUGGCAACAACGUACCAAAGAGAGUCGGAGACUGGGAAUGUGCGAGCCCUGGCUGUGGUAACCAAAACUUUGCAUGGAGGACCGAAUGUAACCAGUGCAAAGCUCCAAGGCCAGAAGGCAUGAGCCCCCCUCCAGGUGGUGACCGUGGCCGAGGUGGAAUGGGCCGUGGGGGCAGAGGGUUCGAGCGCGGCGGCCCUGGCGGUAUGCGUGGAGGCUGGGGAGGUGAACCCGGAGGUUUCCGCGGGGGCAGAGGGGGAAUGGACCGCGGCGGAUUCAGAGGCGGCAGCCGAGGCGGCCCGCCCAUGGAGCGGGGAAUGAGGAGAGGAAUGGGACCAGGAAAGAUGGACAUGAGGGAUCGUCAUGAGCGCAGAGAAAGGCCCUACUAAAGCUUUUCAAAUGUGCCGAGUGAAGAACCUGUGUAAAAGUGUGUAUUUUUAAAAUGGUCUUUUUAAUUUACAAGUCCAUAUUUAUACAUGGUUAGCAAAUCACCUGCACAUCUGUCCGCCUUGCUUUUUAUUACCCUCUCCGAGUUAUUUUUUUACUUGAAUCUGUGUUUGCUUUUUUGUCGUCUUCUCUUCACCCCACUGUGUACAAAACCACAUAUUGUAAGUUUUAUUUUGUAUCGUUUUACCCCCUCCUCGCCAUCAAUAUGUAACAUUUCUAUCAAAAUAAACUUUUCUGGAUUUCCUUUUAA